AUGGCUUCAAGCGAAAACAAUAGUGACGAAGGAGGGGCCAACAUUUUCUCGGGCUUUUCAAGCUCGAACGGCAGUGCUCCGGAGUACGAGCAUCUGAUGCAGUUCGAGUACCUGAAGACCAAGUAUCGGGACGUACUGUCGCAGCUGAAGACGGUUUCGAGUGAGAAACAACGCCUGGAGCACGAUCUGCAGCUGCUGAAGAAGGAGCUGGACGGAAAGGGUGACUUUUUCAACAGCACGUUCCACGAGUACAGUGCGUUGAAGCAAAAGUACGACGCCCUCCGGCUGCGGUAUGACGACAUUGCGAAGGAUCCGUCCCAUUACGUGAAGCUGUGCGACGAGCUGAAGAAGGAACGGAACAAGUACAAGGAGCUGCUGAAAGCGACCGAGCACGAGCUGGAGACGGUGCUGUCGGAACGUGGUAGCGUGCUGAAGGAGAAUCAGAAACUGUACGACAAGAACGAGGCGCUCGAGCGGGAGGUGCAGGGCAAGCUGAAGGAGUGCGCUGGUUUGAAGGAGAAGAUCGAGCUGCUGAAAAGCCACCAAGAGUACCAGCAGCUGUCGAACGAGAGCAGCUGGAGCAAGGAGCUGUCCGAGAGCAAGGACAAGUUCGGGAUCGUGUCAGAGAACCUGGAAACGGCCAACCAGGAAAUAGAACGGCUAAAGAAAGCCCUCGACAAGGCGAAGGCGGAAAUCGCGAAAGCUGUCCACGACACGGAGGUGGCUAAACAGCGCCGCGAUUGGGCCAUUUCGGAGCGGGAAAAGAUCGUACAGGAACGCGACAGUGUGCGCAAUCUGUGCGACGAAAUUCGGAAAGAGCGUGACACUGCCACUUCGAAGCUGCUGGCGGCAAUCCGCGACAAGGACGAUGCGCACAAGAAGAUCGAACUGUUGACCGAUCAGUUGGAUCAACUGAUACGGGACAGCAUCAACAACAACAACAACAACAGUGGUUCGGGUUCCGGGAUCCGAUCACCCGGCGGUAACAGGAAUGCAGCGGCAGACGUAAAUGGUGGCACACCGACACCGACACCAAACGCUUCGAUGGCGUCGAUGAACAACAACGGAAGCAGCCACCGCAAUUCUCACUACAGUAGCUUUAGCUCGAUCUACAACCUGGAAUCGUUGCAGCAGUACGACGUGGAAAUUGUCGAAAUCGACACGUCGCCCCUGCUGAGCAAUUCCUCCGACUGGGGGCUCACGAUCAGCGGCGAUCUCGAUCACCAUAGUUACGGCAGCGACCACAGCAACUCGAAAAAUCUGUGCGGCCCGUAUGUGGCCGCGGUAGAACAUGACUCCAUUUUUGCGGGCAAACUCAAACCGAACGACAUCAUCUGCCAGAUCAACAGUCACGAUUGUAGUACAUUUUCACGCCGCAUGAUCUACCGCACGAUCCGCGGUAGUGUCCCGCAGUGCAUCAUCACGGUCAAGCGCCCGACGAAGCGGCUGCUGCCGGUGCAGAUUCCGUUUACGAGCACAAACCGUAACCACGGGCUGACCCUCGAGCUGGGUCUGUACAUAGCGAAGCUGGAACCGAACUCGAUCGCCGCCAAGGAUGGUCGGCUGGCCGUGGGGGAUCGCAUCCUGUCGAUCAACAAUAAGCCCAUGGAGAGCAUCAAAAACAUUAACGAUGUGAACGCGUACAUUAACGACAUGCGCAACAGCAGCCUGAACCUGAUCGUGAUCAAAGACAUGACCGAGCCCCACCCAAGCUAUGCCAGUUUCUAUCAGCCGCGACUGAAGCACCACAUCCGCAACACGACCAGCUGCACCCAGACGGACAACUCGCUCGCCUCGACGACGUUCGGUAGCCAGCAGAACACGACGGCCACCUCACCGAGCGUUAAUGCGAGCGCAAUGAUGAUGGUGAACCGGCUGAGCCUGGAGUUUGACAACAACAACCACUUUCUGCCGUCCGCCAUGCCCUGCUCCUCAUCGUCGCACCAACCGUCACCGAGCACACCGAACUCGGUGGCCGCCAGCACGCCCUCGUCGACGAAAUCGGCCUCCAAGUUGACAGAGUUUAUUCAGAAGAUCAAAGACAAGAUGGCCAUCAGUAACCACAGUAAGGAUGCGGCUGGCGGCACGGGCGGUAGCCAGGAAAACGACGCCAUUGCGGCGCUUGAUUCCGUGUUGUACAGUGACGAGCGCGAAGGGCGCGACGGCAAACGUUCGAAGCGGCGUAGCAAGGUGGGCGGCACGGGAACGGUGUCGUCGCAUCAGGCCGCCGAUAUACCGCGCGGUACGUGGCCACGGGUAAACAUGACUGUUCCGUUCACCGAGAACCACCCGGGCACGAUCGUACACCGGCCGAAAAAGGAGCGACCCCGGCUCACCAUUCCGAGCGGUGGUGGGCUGGACCUGGACAACAAUAACUACUUUUCGGCGGCCCUUAACGAAGCGAACACAAUCCCGACAAACUUCCGCCCGAUCGGUAGUCCGAGCGGUGGCGGGGCUGGUGGUGUAGCUGGCAACACGCCCAUAGCUUUGCCCCCCAAGGGCAUUCCACCGUCCGAAGGACCACCGGUGGGAACGCUACCGAGCUCGAACAAACGCAACUCUCAUCCCGUGAUGCCGCUCGACAUCAAUCGGCUGCUGGCGGCAAAGUACGGAGACCCGAUCGCGGCUCAAGCCGGCUCCAGUCCGAGUGGUAGCGUCAACAACGGAGUAUCGAUCGGCAGUAGCGUCGGUGGAGGACUGCCGAAGCCGAACAGCACCGGAUUCCCCCGAACCUCACCCUACGACGAUCGCCAUCACGAUGGUGGUCUGAACCUAAACAAACACCGUUUCAGUUUGAAUCUAUCCGCGAUGAGUAAACAGCUGCAGCAGCAUCAGCAGCAGCAGCAGCAGCAGCAGCAGCAAUUUCUAUUGGGACCCGCAGCCCAUCAGCAACAGAAUUCGCUCGAUUUCAUUCCCAUUCCGUCAUCGUCCGCGUCCCAGAAGAGCAGUCACUCGAUCGAUUCGUCUACCCCGAAGAGCCCGCCCGCGGGGAUGCUCUACUACCCUGGGGCGAUCGGUGGCGGGGGCGGGCCCAGCAGUGCCACGGAGUUCUUUAUGUCGGACAAGAUUUCCAAAACCUUGUCCAAGUACUCGAGCGAUGCCGAGAGUAUCGACACGGAGACGCUUUCCCUUGGAUCCCUACCACCCGGUGGCGUGCUGAUCGGAGGUGGAGGUCCACCGAUCCCGAAGGGCCCGAAAGGCGGGGGAAGCAAUUUACCGACCACGAUGACAUCUGGACCGGUGGGAGGAAAAACGAACACACUUCCGCUGCCCCACAUGCGCAAGCAGUCGAUGGCCGGGGCGGGCAGUGGAUCGAAUCGAGGUCACCAUGUGCAGCAUAGUCACGCCGGUGCUACGGCCGGCUACGGGGCCACGAUUCCUGGAUCAUACCCACACCCGUUCAACAUGCGAAACCAGCAUCCGGCCAACAGUGUCGGAGUUCCGGAAACACUGCUCACGGGAGGGACCACGGGUGGCGGUGGUAGCCAGCCCCACGGACAUCAUCACGCACACGGAGUUUCGAUGGACUACUCGUCCUACCGGUACAGCCAGAUUCAGUCGUCGAAGGAGGACGUCCCGAUCGUGGUCGGGUACGGCGGCGGGGGUAACGUUGGCGGUUCCGGUUACGAAGGGGGAACAUUUCCCCGGAACAAAAGCAGCCACCAACAGCAGCAGCAGCAGAUGGCGAUGGUGGCCGCCUCGGCAGCCGGCUUUCGAAUCCCGUCGAACCAGAGUGUCACAAGCCGCGGUAGUGGCAUAAAGAUCAGCAACGGUUCGAUCGACUGCAGUAGCUCCGAGCGAGCGUCACCGAUUCCGACGUUCGAGGUGCAGGUCCUGAAGCCGGGCCACGUUCCCUCAUCGUCAGCGGGACCCGGUUCGAACAAACGUAGCUCGCUGCAAGACCACUACGGUGUCCACUCGAAACCGAACGUUGGGGCACUCCGCUUGGUGUUGAUCGACAAGAGCGAAAUGUCGCUCGGUAUCAAGAUUUUCUGUCGCCGCAAUGGCGGCGGCGUGUUCGUGUCGAACGUCGGCGAGAACAGUCUGGCCAGUAAGGUCGGUCUACACAUCGGCGAUCAGUUACUGGAGGUGUGCGGCAUCAAUUUGCGCAAGGCCACGUACGAGCUGGCGGCGCACGUGCUGCGACAGUGCGGCAACUCGAUCACCAUGCUGGUGCUCUACAAUCCGGUGGUCUACAACAAUCUGACCACGAGCGAAGAUAAUUUGGCCCGCUCGGGAUCGCCGACCCCGCAAAAUUCACCGCCUCGUACGAUGGUGGGAGGCGGCGGCGGCGGCGGCGGUGGCCGCUCGCUCAUCUCGGCCGUCAAUGCGGCCAGCGGCAACGCAGGAGGAGGCGUAUCCGGGAAGACGACGUCCGGACUGGAGGAACGGAAAGAUUUCGCUGACAGCCUCGAGCAACCGCUUCACGAUGACGACGACGACGACGGGGUGGCCACCGGCACUGGACCGGGCUCGGGCAUGUACAAAGAACAGCCGCGCGAUAUCUACAUCGAAACGCGCAAAACGUCCAACCUCGGCAUCACGCUGGUCGGCGGCAAUGCGAACGGGAUCUUCGUCCACGGCGUGCAGAAGGAUUCGAUCGCAGACCAGGCCGGUCUGCUGGUGGGCGAUCAGAUACUGGAGUUCAACGGUACCGAUAUGCGCCGAUCGACGGCCGAACAUGCCGCCCUCGAGAUCGCCAAACCGGCCGAUCACGUCAAGGUGCUCGUGCUUUACAACAUACAGAAGUUCAAUCAAAUCAAGGACAAACCGGGCGAUGCACUGUACAUUCGCGUUGGGUUCGAUCGUAACUGCGAUCAGGGCGAGUCGGAGCUAUCGUUUGCCAAGGACGAAGUGCUGUUUGUCGACAACACGAUGUUCGGCGGUAUUCCCGGCAAGUGGCGGGCCUGGAAGCUGGAUGAGUACGGUCACAAGCGCCAGUGUGGCAUCAUUCCCAACAAGCUAAAAGUGGAAGAGGAGCUACGGCUGCUGGGAGACACCGGAGACGUCGAUACGACUGCGCGGCGUGGAUCGACUUCGGCACGGCGAUCGUUUUUCAAGCGCAUCAAGCCGCAACGCAGCUCAUCGCGCGACUCGAAGGAGCUGGCCAGCUUUAGCAACACCCACCUGAGCCUCUACCUGGACUCGGCCUCACUGAACGACGACGGUUUGAGCAGCUACCAGCGAGUGGAACGAUUAGAAUACACCUACCGACCGGUGAUCAUUCUGGGGCCGCUGGCGGAGUUUGUGAUCGACAAACUGUGCAUCGAUUUCCCGGAGGACUUUGCCGUGCUGCAGGAGGCCCAGAAGAAGUGCGCGAAGGAGGAGAUGGAACUGGCGCUCCAGAACAAUACGAUCGCCGACUACAAACUGCGCAGCAACGGCAUAUUCGAGUACACGAGCAUGCAAGCCGUGCGUGACAACAAGCAAUGCCAUUGCAUCCUGAGCGUCAGCAUGGCGGCCGUCGAGCGGUUACAGCGGGCUCAAAUCUAUCCGGUCGUGCUACUGCUGCGCUUCAAAUCGGCCAAACAAAUCAAAGAGAUCAAAGACUCCCGCUACUCGACCGACAAAAUCUCCGCCAAAGCGGCCAAAGAAAUGUUCGAGCACACACUCAAGCUGGAGUCCGAGUACCGGCAGUUCAUAUCAGUGGUCAUCUCGGGCGUCAACAUUACGCACAUGUGCACCCAAAUCAAGGCCGCCGUCGACAGUGAGCAGAAAAAGAUCCUCUGGGUGUCGGUUCCGACGCCGUUGUGACACGAGUCCAUGGGCUACCUGCUACCGCACGAGGACGAACGGUUGGCGUGAAGGCGUUCGCGCGGUCUCAUUUGACCUCCGGUUUUUGAAGCCGAACAUCACAACGGCAAGACACCGAUGCCAGGGAACGUGUCAGUACGGUCGUCGUAGGCUAUAACGUGGACUAAAUUCGGGCGAGCGUCCGGCGAACGAACGAUAAGAGCAAUAUUUAAAACGAAAUUCAACACACCAUUCAGUGGUCCGGAGCCCAGGACCGGAAGCCGAACUCAAGCGCGACGGCCUAUAUACAUACGAUUUACGCCUUUAUACAUUAUAUAGAGAUAUCUAUACACGAUUGAAAGUUGUUUAUUAUUAUAAAUAUUAUCAUCGGUACGAUCGAU